GCAGUGUUGGGUAUUGGCUCUGUGCCUAGCCCCCGCCCAAGUCAAGGAACCAGCUGUGGGACAGAAAACUGUUGUGCUUGGGCAGGAGAGCUAAUACUUGUGCGGGCGAGGCAGGUACAAACGACGGGUCACCUGGACUCCCGAAGCAGCACAGGGAUCAAGGUCGCCUUGUGUUCUCGAGCCGCCCCCAUGCGGGGCUCUUUUUUCUCCCGGCUUCCGCCGCAACUCUGUCUACUGCUACUGUUAUCCUUGAAGCGAGUCUGGACCCAGGAGCACGUUGGAACUUCCCCUUCCAGAUCCCCGGUGGCCCCCGAAUGUCCCGAGGCAUGUUCGUGUUCCCUAGGCGGCAAGGCCAAUUGCUCCGCACUCGCGCUGCCCACGGUACCAGCGGGCCUGAGCUGGCGAGUACGCUCACUGUUGCUGGAUCACAAUCGCGUGAGCUCACUGCCUCCAGGCGCCUUCGCCGAUGCGGGCGCACUGCUAUACCUAGACCUCCGGGAGAACCGGCUUUGGUCGGUGCACUCACGAGCUUUCUGGGGUCUGGGAGGGUUGCAGUGGCUGGACCUGAGCGCCAAUCAGCUGGAAACUCUGUCUCCCGGCACCUUCGCGCCGCUGCGCGCGCUGAGUUUCCUCUCCCUAGCGGGUAAUCGGCUGAUGCUCCUGGAGCCUUCGAUCCUGGGCCGGCUCCCAUUACUGCGCGUGCUCAGCCUGCAGGACAAUUCGUUGUCUGCGCUCGAGGCGGGUUUGCUGAAUAGCCUGCCCGCGCUCGACGUGUUGCGCUUGCGUGGCAACCCCUGGGCGUGCAGCUGCGCUCUGCGCCCGCUUUGCACCUGGCUGCGCAAGCACCCGCGUCCCGCUUCAGAAACUGAGACCCUGUUUUGCGUGUCUCCAAGACGCCAGACGCUCAGCCUACUGACAGCCUUUCCGGACGCCGCCUUCAGACACUGCUCUCAGUCGCUCGCAGCUCGAGACCUGGCGGUGGUCUACGCUCUCGGUCCGGUCUCUUUCCUUGCCAGUCUGGCCAUCUGCAUGGCACUGGGUUCCAUGCUCACUGCCUGUGGUGCACGGCGCCGCCGCCGCCGCCGCACCAUGGUGCGCCACUUACUAAGGAGACAGCUAGAUCCCGUGGGCCCAGCUUCCCUGGAGAAUGCUGGGAGCCCUGCAGCUGCAGCUACCCAAGCCUAAGGGAGCUGCGGUUGUUUCUAGCGCUCCCGCAGGGCCCCCGCACUUUGAAAACAACCCCUCCCGCGCCCCGCAAAUCCCUGGUCCUCCCUUCAUCCUCCCUGUAGGCGGAACAAUAGACAGAACUCGGAAAUUUUCUGACAUUCCUUUAGGCAUCACCACUGAAUACCGGGAUUAGGGGUGGGUGUGCGAGCCCUGUGUCCCUGGGGCAAAGGGGCAGCGCGCCACUGCGCACAGGCAGCACUGGGAAGGCACACGCUUGGACACUGGGAGAGCUGGUCACGUACAAGGUGGUGGGUGGAUGACACCCGAAUGGGAGGC